AUGGCACCAAAACAUCCACGAUUCAAUCCAUUUUGGCAACUCAUAGUGGUGAUUGUUUCUGGCAAUAGCGAAAGCAAAACUAAAAAGGUGUUGACAACAAAGAUCCUCACUCAAAGACUUGUGAGCUUGUCCUGGUGGGGUGAGCGGGGUCGGAGGGUCCUAGCCAUUGGACUACUGGAUCAAAGCGAAGGCUGA